GAGAGUGGGCCAACACAAAACCAAAAUACCACAGACGAGCAAGGCAUUUAUACGCACGUCAAGGACGACAGAAGGGCUGCGUGGUGCAUUGUUUCUGACACUGUCGCUCUCUGGAAGAAGAACCUCCUCCCUCUCUUCGCUCCCUUCACUCUCCUCCUCUCUCCUCACACAGCACUCUCAGACAUCCAUGAGUGGGACCAACUCCUCUGCCUAUCGAUCGGAGCGUAGUUUCCACCAGACCUCGUCCUCAUCCUCCGGUAACCCUCACAUGGAGAAGAGCCGGGGACUGUUCGCCGAGGACUUUGGCUCCUUCAUGCGGCCCGUGAGCGACGCCUUGGGCUUCUCCAGUGGAUCUGGAAACAUCAAAACUCUCGGGGAUUCGUACCAGUUCACAGUUGACGUGCAAGACUUCUCCCCCGAAGAUGUCAUCGUCACCACAUCCAACAACCAGAUUGAAGUCCGUGCAGAAAAGUUGGCCCAGGAUGGUUCGGUCAUGAACAAUUUCACGCACAAGUGCCAGCUACCCGACGAUGUGGACCCCACCUCGGUGACAUCAUCGCUAGGCGCCGAGGGGACCCUAACGGUGACGGCGCGGCGACACCCGGCCAAGCACGAGCUCGCUCAGACCUUCCGCACCGAGAUCAAGAUCUAGAGGGGGGGGGGGGGGGGCUCUUGUUUUCCUGCUACUUCCUGUAUUUCUUGCCUUCACUGAAACCAUUCGACUCUAAACACCCAACACAGAGUCUCUCUGUGUAAGGACAUGUUGCUGCUCACCUACACUCCGAGUUAGUCCACCACACACAGCAGCCAUUGGGUCACACAAGUAUAUAUCUCUCUCUUUCUCACUCGCUCUCUUUUUGUUUUGUUGGUCGGGCCAUCCAAUUAUUUGCAGUACAUAUCCCAGCAUGAUUCAAUGCAACUACUUUGUUGUUAAAUAUUUUAAAACACUGACAUAAUAAGGACAUCUUAUUCAUACGAUUCAGUAUAUUAAUAUAUAUCAUACAAUAGUAUUCAGUAUAAUAUGAUAUAUAAAUACCAUGUAAUAUAAAUAUAGAAUAUAAAUAUAAUGUGAAUCACGUGUCUCAUGUCGUCCUACUGACAUUCACUCUGCCAAACACACACCUAACCCCCCACACACACACACACACACACACACACACACACACACACACACACCAACUAACCGAUUGAUUCACCACUUUACUUCUGUUCUAAAAAUGUCAUUGAGUCACCUCAAUUGAUGGUUGCCAAGUUAAUAAUAACUUAUUGUAUUAUUAUUUUUGUGAAUUAAAUGAUCCUGCUUUGACAAAAAAGAUAAA